AAAUUACCACGCAAAUUUACACCCACCGACCAGCCUGACAUUCGCCGGAGAUUCGGCUAACGCGGGGGAAAAAUAAAGAAACCCUAUUCCUCGCCGUCAAAAUUCAGCGAUUCCGUCGACUCCUCCAAUUUGAGAAACUACCGCCGUGCUUCAAUUUACCUCCACCGCUACGGCGGAUUGCCGGGCGGCCGCACCCCGACUAAACUGUUUGGUUUUGUAACUUUGAAACGCUCGUCAAUUAAGAGACCAUGGCUGCAAUUCUUCUACCAAGGAAGUUUCAAAGGAGAAUGAAUUAUGAUUUACACCGCUAUAGACAACUUCUACCUUACGGACGAGCAGCUACAGAACUCUCCAUCAAGGAAGGAUGGAAUCGAUGAAGAUACUGAAACUUCCCUUAGAAGAUAUGGCUGCGAUCUUGUACAAGAAAGUGGCAUUUUGCUUAGGCUACCUCAAGCUGUGAUGGCGACUGGACAGGUUCUAUUCCAUCGCUUCUAUUGCAAGAAAUCAUUUGCUAAGUUCAAUGUCAAGAAAGUUGCAGCUGGCUCAGUUUGGCUUGCAUCUAAACUAGAGGAAAGUCCCAGAAGAGCAAGGCAGGUUAUCAUUGUUUUUCACCGGAUGGAAUGUCGCAGAGAGAAUUUGCCCAUAGAGUUUUUGGAUAUCAAUUCUAAGAAAUUUGCUGAACUAAAGGUGGAGUUAACUAGAACUGAAAGACACAUAUUGAAGGAGAUGGGUUUUGUUUGUCAUGUUGAGCAUCCACACAAAUUCAUAUCCAACUAUCUUGUCACCCUUGACACACCCCCAGAACUGAGACAAGAGGCAUGGAAUCUUGCAAAUGACAGUUUGCGGACGACCCUGUGUGUUCGUUUUAGGAGUGAAGUUGUAGCUUGUGGUGUAGUGUAUGCUGCUGCGCGGAGGUUCCAAGUUCCACUUCCUGAGAAUCCACCUUGGUGGAAGGCUUUUGAUGCUGAUAAACCUGGCAUCGAUGAAGUUUGUAGAGUGUUGGCGCACCUAUAUAGCCUUCCAAAGGCACAAUAUAUAUCAGUAUGUAAGGAUGGCGAUUUUUCGUUUUCUAAAAGGGCUUCAGAUUUGCAGUCUCAAACAGUUCCAAAGGAUGUUCAACAAAGCUCACCAGCAAACAAUGGUACUUCUUCAAUGGCGACCUCGAGCUUGGUUAGUAUUGAAACUGGGGAAUCCAGUGGAACGUUGGUGAUAAAAGCAGCAUUUGACAAGGUCAAGGACUCUAAGAAAGUUGGCGAUGAAUCCAAGAAUGAGGAUGAUGCAACGAGGGAGGUAGCUAUUGGGAGAUCGAAGUCUGAGAUUAGAACGGAUGGAAGCAGCGACAGAAGCAAGGAGAAGGAGAGAGACAGGGAAAGAGAGAGGGAUAGAGAGAGGGACAUCAGAAUGAAGACUGGUGAUCGCAACAAAAGGGGACGGGAUUCCGACAAGGAAAGAGAUCGCGCGGAUAGUGAAAGGGACAGAGAUAAGAGCAAAGAUCGAGGAAGUCAUCGUUCUAAAGAUAGGGGGAAGGAUUCAGGAGGAUAUUCGGAUAAAUCAAGGCAUCAUUCAUCCCGUGAUCGUGACUAUCACAGUUCCUCGUCGUAUUCAUCAAGGGAUAAGGAUAGGCACAGGCAUCACUCGUAUGGGUGAUGCUUCCAGGCUGUUGCAAUGCAAGUUCCCCACCCUCAAUUGAAGCUAGCAGUAUCAUAUUGCGAGGUAUGGCCUCAGCUAUUUGCUACAGUAUUCCCGUUCAUAAGUGAAAGACGAAAUGGGAUAUAAGUCAGACUCAGAACCCCGAAGAAAGGUCUUUCCCUUACAUUGCCUUCACUUCUGCUAACAGCGGGCUGGAAAAACAGCACAACCUAUCAGAAUUUUUGUGCAUACAAUUUUUGUUUUGAUCAGGGAUCGUGUCUAUACUCCAUGGGAACAAUCAUAAAGUGGUGCUUCUCUCUCUUGUCUGCGUAAGUAGUGGAUUUCCCUUCUCAAUGAAUUUGAGUACAAGACAAGCCACAAAUAGUUAUAGAACGCUCUCCAGUUGCCUUCAACAUGAAGCAUUUUUUGGUUACAGCGUGGGAAUGAUGAAGAAUUAAAGGAAAAUGGGGAGGAAAUCAAGUUGGUUUUGUUCUCUAGCUCUCAGUUCUUCCAGGAGAUCAAAAUCGAAGAAGGGAUUUAGCACAGCAAAGAGUUUGGACUCGAUUGUUACAACCUACGAAGAUCUCCCUACAUUUGCUGUUCCAACCACUCCUCCAUCUCCUACUGCCCCUCCACCUCAUCCAGCGCCAUCUCCACCACCACCACCACCACCUCGACCUCCUGCUGUGAAAUUAACUGAAGCUGAGAAUGAACAGAGCAAGCACGCCUACUCCGUGGCACUUGCCACUGCAGCCGCCGCCGAGGCAGCUGUUGCAGCUGCCCAGGCUGCAGCAGAGGUGGUUCGACUCACAAGUGCAGUUCGUAGUGUCGGUAAACCAAAGGAGGAGAUAGCAGCAAUCAAGAUACAGACCGCUUUUAGAGGUUACUUGGCUAGGAGGGCGCUGCGGGCUUUGAGAGGCUUGGUGAGAUUGAAGACAUUGAUAGAAGGUCAAUCUGUGAAAAGACAAGCAGCUUCAACGUUAAGAGCCAUGCAAACUCUUGCUCGAUUGCAGUCUCAGAUACGUGUAAGGAGGAUCAGAAUGGCAGAGGAAAAUCAGGCCGUCCAGCGACAAAUCCAACACAAACGUGAGAAGGAGCUUGAGAGACUGAGAUCCUCUAUUGGAGCUGAGUGGGAUGAUAGCUUGCAGUCGAAAGAACAAAUUGAAGCCAACUUACUCCACAAGCAAGAAGCUGCAGUUAGAAGAGAAAGAGCCCUGGCUUAUGCCUACACCCACCAGCAAACAUGGAAGAAUUCGUCGAAGAAUGGAACCGCAACAUUCCUGGAUCCAAACAAUCCACAAUGGGGCUGGAGCUGGUUAGAGAGAUGGAUGGCUGCUCGGCCAUGGGAGAACAGAAGUGCGGUGGACAACAAUGACCGACCAGCAUCUCUCAAGAGUGCACCAAGCCGCACCAUGUCUCUGGGCGACAUCAGCAGAGGUUAUUCGCUUCGCGAUCUCAACAGGCCUUCCCGAAGUGGCCACAGAUCGAGCAGUAAGCCUCCAAGUCGUCACUCACCUUCUACAUCAAAGGCUCCGUCGAUAUCAUCAGUAACUGGGAAAUUGAGAGGACCGAGUCCCAAGGGCAGCAGCAGCAUUUGGGGCGGGGAUGAUGACUCGACGAGCAUGCACAGUGUCCAGUCUGAGAUUCGGUACAUGAGGAGGCACAGCAUAGCAGGGUCAUCCGUCAGAGAUGAUGAGAGCCUUGCAAGCUCACCUUCAGUUGUUCCGAGUUACAUGGGGGCAACACAGUCUGCAAAGGCCAAGUCUCGGUUUUCAAGCCCGAUGGGUGCAACAAAGGCUAAGAAUAAUUGGGCACCAGAGAAGGCAUCUGUUGCAUCAGCAAAGAAGAAGCUCACAUUCUCUCCUUCCUCGGCUGGACUCAGGAGACAUUCAGGUCCUCCGAAGGUCGAUGUUACCCCGUUGAGGAACUUUGAGGCUGGUCAUGUGGAGGGCCAUAUCAACAAUGGGGGAAUGUCAAUGUAGCAGUUCAGAUGUCUCAUUUAGGUAGGAGUUAGGAGGAUUAAAAAGGGCAGAAAAAUAAGAGAAAGAGAAGGAACUGAGAAUGUUGGUUAAGAAGAGUAUUUCAGUCUUUUGGUUUCUGAUCUUUCUCAUUUCAUCAGUUAAGCAUAAAGGGGAUGAGUUGAGAAUAGGGAGGAAGGGGUUGGAGGAGAAAUAAAAGGCUGUCUACUUUGUUGUAGGAAAGUUGUGUCCUUGUACUUCUCCUUUUCCCAUUACCAUCAAUCAACAUUCAUUUGCCAUUUCUUUGUUUAACAAGAAUGCAGUGGGUUUACUAUAAGCCAGGGAAUGGUGGUGUUGAGGUUGUAGCCUUAUAGGAUUAGCUUUAGGAGGAUUUGGGAUCUAAUCAUUUUUUCAGUUUAAUGGGCAAUAUUUUCUGGCAUCUUCUUUCCUACAACCUCUGACAAGAAAAAUAAUUCCUCUAUUGAACCUUCAGGAAUU